UUGUUGCGUCCGUGUCUUUCGCUGUGCGGUGCUUGGUUCGCAGUGACAAAAUCAGUAGGGGUAUAUCACUGAACGUCGACGGUAACCGAGUGGAUCGCCGGUGUGGAAAAGCAUGUGGUUUCCACUAGGAAAUAUGAAUACGGUUUACUAAAAUUCACUCGAAACUUUCGGAAAAGUUGAUCUGCAGAUUUCAAUUGCACACAACACACGCACACACACCAGCUCGCCCAGAUACGGAUGCACACGCACACAUAGAUACACAGAUACAGUGGCUUAAAAGUGAAGUUCGGUUUUCACUGAAAUAAAAAACAGCGCGUUUCGUUUUCGCACUCGCUUAAAUUACAAAAGUGAUUUUUGUGUUGGUGUAGGUGCAACUAGUGCUGUUUUCGGGGAAACGCGCCUUAAAACCACGAAAAUAACUCCGACUAGCAGUGAAAAAAAGCUGAAAUCAACUCAAAAAAGCAACUCCAAAAAGUUGGCGCUGGUCAAAAAAAAUCCAGCUACAACAACAACUGGACACUGGAAACUACAACUACAACUACACUACAAAAAAUAAAGCAGGCAGCAAAAACAAAAACAACAACCCAGCAAACGGCAUUCUUUCGCGCAACAACAACGACUCCAAAGAGAGAGAGAGAGAGCAGGCGCGCACACAGAUACUCGCAUUGCACUGGUGUUGGUGAAUUUUGAUUAAAGUGUGUGCUCUCCCUCUCCCACACUCAGCCCGCGUUCCCGCCCCUACCCCUCCCCGCCCCCUAUCCAGCGACGCUGGAAUGCGGCCCGUUCGCUGUUGACUGCGCAGUCGCAGCGCGCGUCGUGGAAGAGGUCAGAAAACAACAACAACGAAACGAAAAUUUUACUGUUAGGCAUUUAUCGAUAGCCAAAUCGAUAGAUCUGUUCAAAAGUGCACAGUGAGAUUCAAAACCCAAAACUACAAAUAGAAAACUCAGUUAUUGUGGAUUACGCGAAACAGAAACAACAGCAACAACAACGAUGCCGACGACUGCAGCGGCUUAAGCAACGUAUUUCGAACGCGCGCGCUGUAUACGGAAAAUGAUGCAGCAUGCGAGCAUUUUGCACCGUCAGCGCGCCUUUGGAAGUAUGCGCGUCCUCAGCCGAGCAACUAUCACCAGGCUCGCGAUUCCUGGCCCUGAGACUUCUGGGGCAGCAGCAGCCGAAAACCUUGUACUUCCUAGUCGAUGCCAAGAGUCGAGUUCGCGAGGUCUACACGCAGACAUGUCUGCACUUUGCCACGCAAGGGAUGCUGGACACCGAACUCUUCGGUCUGGCUGUGCUCAUAGAUGGCGAGUACAUGUUCGCAGAUCCCGAGAGCAAGCUCUCCAAAUACGGCCCGAAGAGCUGGCGAUCCUCGCACACCCACGGGCUGGAUGCCAAUGGACGACCGCUCCUGGAGCUACACUUCCGAGUGCAGUUCUACAUCGAGAGUCCGUUCAUGCUGAAAGAUGAGACGUCCCGCCACAACUACUACCUGCAGCUGCGCCACAACAUCCUGCAGCGCGAUCUGCCCCGAGAGCAGGCGGAGCAGGCCCUGGUCUUCCUGGCUGGACUGGCUCUGCAGGCGGAUCUGGGCGAUGCUCCGCCGGGCCCGGGAUCGGGUAAUUCCAAGGAUGAUUCGGGCGAGGAGACGUCACCCCUCGGCGGAGGCAGAGGACUGAGUGCCACCACAACGUUGCCCAAGAUCAGCAAGCGUGCCAACGAGAGGAUGUUGAGGCUAUCGACCUAUGUGGCCUCCACCUCGAAGAGGGAAGCGAUACCGCUGCCACCGACCCUGCCGCCCAAUGGAGCGGAUUACUACCGGAUAGAGGACUACCUGCCCAGCGGACUGCACACUCCGUGGGCGAGAAGUGCAAUGAGAGCCUGUCACCGGGAGCACCUGGGAAUGGCCACGGCCGAGGCGGAGCUGCUGUACAUCCAGCAGGCCUGCAGUCUCCACGAGACCAUCAAUGCCCACACCUACAGGAUGCGGCUGGCCAAGAGCGAGCAGGGUGUGGGAAGUGCCUGGUUUGUGGUCUACGCCAAGGGCAUCAAGAUCCUGGGAGGAGAGUGCACCAGCAGCUCGUCCACGCCACCGCCCGAGGCCACCACCUUUCUGUGGCCUAAUAUCACUAAGCUCUCCUUCGAGCGCAAGAAGUUCGAGAUCAGAUCGGGGGAGAGCAGGAUCACCCUGUACGCCGCGUCCGAUGAGAAGAACAAACUCCUGCUGACUCUCUGCAAGGACACCCACCAGUGGAGCAUGAAGCUGGCGGCCCGGCUGAAGGAGGUGUCCAAGCGCGAGGAGGAAGAGGCUGCCGAAUCGCAGAGGCUCCAUGCCAGCUACGCCUGCUCCAGAAGCCUGCUCCUGCCCUACAAGAGUAAGAACGAGCAGCGCAUCUCGGUGAUAUCGAGCACCAGUUCCAAUACCACCUCGGGGAUAGUGAGCGAUCGAGUGCACUCCGAGGACGAGCUGGAAAUCAUGAUCAACACGCCGCCUGCUCCCUUGGCUGCUCCCUCCACGGAGAGCUUGGCCCUGGCCCAUCUCUUGGACCGACCCAGUGUGAGCAGGCAAACUUCGAGCGUGGGUCAGAUGUCUCUGAAGGAUUUGGAGGAGCAACUGGCUGCCCUGAGUGUGAGACCACCGGACGCGAACUCCAAUGGAGCCACCUCCGUGACGAACUCCUCUGUUCAGCGAAACUCCAUGGGCACAGCGGCGAAUGAUUCCUCCACGGCCACCGAUUCACCUAGUUCCCAGCACAACAUUGGCUCCCAGUGCUCCUCCACCUGCAGCACCGUGGUGGUCACUUCGCCUGCCGGAGCAGCAACAGGAGGAGCGGCUUCGUCAGGAGCUCCCGUGCCCGUGCACUCCACUUCGUCCAGUUUGGAGCUGGGCUUUAGUCACACCGCUCAAAACUCCGCUCUGAGCGAAUCGAACCCCGAGGAUUUCCUAUCUACAUCCGCAAGGGAGGAAACGGAGAGUGUGUCGGGUGCAUCCGGAGUUUACACUCUGGCCCAUGGAGCUCCACCCACCGAAACUUCGGGAGUAUACACCAUGCACAGCAGCGAGUUGACCGGCCAGUCCUCGGAAAUGGCCGAGUCGGAGAAGAGUUCGCACUACGGAAUGUUCCAGCCGCAGAAACUAGAGGAUGGCCACGUGCCACAUCCCGAUUCUGUGGAUGGAAAGAAGCCAGAGGAGUUCCGACUGCGAUCGGAUUCAAACAUCAGUACGUCCAGUUCCUUCAGAGGCGAUGGCAGCGAUCCCACGGAUAACAAACAUUCCCUGCUCUCCGCCGAGGAGCUGACCAAUUUAAUUGUGGGCAGGGGUACCUAUCCCAGCUGCAAGACGGUGUCCAGCAGCCUCCAUUCGGACUGUGACUACGUAACCCUGCCAAUGGGAAGUCAGGGAGUGGAGGAGGUGGAUCAGCCCCCAGCACCACCGCCACCCUACAGUGCCAGGCACGAGAAGACCGGACUGUGUGGCCCACCGAUCGCCAAGCCACCAGUGCCCAAGCCCAUAGCUGUGGUGGCUCCCAAGCCGGAUACACCACCGUGCAGUCCGCCAGUGCCUCCGGCACCACUUCCAGCUCCACCACCACCGGCUCUCCGACGCCGAGACCCACCGCCAUAUUCCAGCUCCAGCAAGCCCAGACCCACAUCCCUGAUUUCCGUGAGUUCCUCCGCCAACCCUGCGCCCAGUGCCGCCGGUUCGAUGAGUUCCCUGAAGUCUGAGGAGGUGACGGCCAGGUUUAUAACCACCAGGCCGCAGAUUAGUAUCCUGAAGGCCCACACCAGCCUGAUUCCCGACGGAGCCAAACCCAGUUAUGCGGCACCGCACCACUGCUCGUCGGUGGCCUCCUCCAACGGAUCGGUGUGCAGCCACCAGUUGAGUCAGCAGUCGCUGCACAACUCCAACUACGUCGGCGGCUCACAGGCUUCACUGCAUCACCACCAUCUGCCGGCGCACCACCGACAUUCCGGAUCGGCCGCCAUUGGGAUACCAAUAGUUCCUUACGGUCUGCACAAGAGCACGGCUUCACUGCAUCACCAGCAGUCCUGCGUGCUGCUGCCGGUGAUCAAGCCGCGUCAGUUCCUGGCCCCACCACCACCCAGUUUGCCCAGGCAGCCGCCACCACCGCCUCCACCGAAUCAUCCCCAUCUGGCGAGUCACCUUUACGGCAGGGAGCUGGCGAGGAAGCAGUUGGAACUGUACCAGCAGCAGCUCUACAGCGAUGUGGACUACGUGAUUUACCCCAUUCAGGAUCCAGCGGUUAGCCAACAGGAGUAUCUGGAUGCCAAGCAGGGAUCCCUGCUGGCGGCCAUGGCGCAGGCGGCACCACCACCGCCGCACCACCCAUAUCUAGCCAUGCAGGUGUCGCCGGCGAUCUACAGGAGCACUCCCUACCUGCCCCUGGCCCUGUCCACCCACUCCAGAUAUGCGUCCACCCAAAACCUAUCGGACACCUAUGUCCAGCUGCCGGGGCCUGGCUACUCGCCCCUCUACUCCCCCUCGAUGGCCAGCCUGUGCUCCUCGUACGAGCCACCACCGCCGCCGCCCCUUCAUCCGGCCGCUCUGGCAGCACACGCCGCCGCGGGGGCCAGCGCCUCCUCCUCCAUGUUUGCACGAUCGCGAUCAGACGAUAAUAUUCUGAACUCGCUAGAUUCAAUGCCCAAGGGGAGGAGGUUGCCACCGCCUCCACCACCACCCUAUGUGAACAGGCGGCUGAAGAAGCCACCCAUGCCGGCGCCCAGUGAAAAGCCACCUCCAAUACCCUCAAAGCCCAGUCCCAGCUUGAUGAUGAGCCCGAUGCCACCGCGGAAACCACCCACUCUCAACCCGCACAAUGCCAACUCGCCGCUAACGAAGACCUCCAGCGGCGCCCAGUGGGCGGGAGAGCGUCCAAGGCCGGAUUUGGGUCUUGGCCUGGGGCUGAACCGGGGAAACAACAGCAUUCUGGCCCAGCUGCAGGCCUCCAUGGCCGCUGAGUCGCAUGCCCAGGCCCAGGCCAAGGCCCAGGCUCUGGACAUUGCCCUGCUCCGGGAGAAGAGCAAGCAUCUGGAUCUGCCGCUGAUCUCGGCGCUCUGCAACGACCGCUCCUUGCUGAAACAGACCAAGGUGAUGAUGAAUCCGAAGACGGGCCAGGAGAUACCCACCUCCAGUGCGCAGUCUUCGGGGGCCACCACCAACGGGGGUUCCAACUCCUCGGGAGGAGCAGGCGGAACCCUGAGCAAGGUCAGGAAGGGAUCCACCGUGAGCCACCGCCAUCCGCAGGACAAGCUGCCACCCUUGCCUGUCCAGCAACUGGCGGAGGCCAACAACUACGUGAUCGAUCCUGCCGUGAUGAUGAAGCAACAGCAGCAGCAGCACCACAAGACCAGCUAGACUCGCAAAGCUAAACGGGAACCGGAAACGGAACCGGAAAUGGAAAUGGACAAACGGGUCCAAGACGACACUCUUCUCUCUAGAUCGAUUGCUGUUCGAAGUGCUGGCGUAUUUGUGUGCCCAGGUGAAGAGCUGAUUCUGCGUUCGGAAAUUUGCAUAGAUCGAGUGGUGUAAAAAGAGUUAUCUUUAUUCGAUCACAGUGUUUCGGAGGGUAGAGAUUCGCUGGGCAGACAAGAGGGGGUAGAAUUGUAAACCCACCGGGAAGAAUCAGUUAACAGAGCAGCAGAAACAGUAACAGCUUGAUAGGAACUAACAUGCAUUUAACAAACAUAACAGAAGCCAGUUUUUAGAAGGACCAAUCAUAUAUGUUUUAUCCUUGGACCCUUGCCACCUACUAAAUCUUACUGAAAUCACAAGAGAAACACAGAAAACUAGAGUAACAAAAGCCACUGAAACAACUGAAACACACAGAGUCAAUACCUAAACUAACAGAACAGGACGUGAGCAACAUAACCUCAAAUACGCAUUCAAAUAAUCAGAACCCAGUCUAGUCACUUAAGGGAAUUGGUAACGUAACCACAGCAGAAGCCACAAUGACACACCAUCGGAAACGGAAAUGAAAUAGAGAGAGAGUUGAACAAAAAGGGAAGCAACAAUACUCAAGUAUAAAAUACGACCACUACCUAAUUAACUAAACUACAUCGUAGAACUUUAGUCUUAGCUGCAAAUACUUAGUUAGGCCAGAAAUGCGAAUACUUAACACUAACUACUUCCGCCCAAACAACUGUGAUUGAUUUUUUUAUUUAAACUUACACUAAAUUUACAACAACUACUUUAGUCAGCAAGAGCCGCGCAUAACAACAUAUAACUAUGCAAAUUUUUUAGUACGUAGCAAUCGCCCCUCACACGAACCACACACAUACUCACAACGAAUCGGGCCAGCGAAUGUAUCGGGCGAGAGCCGUUCGAAUCGGCUGUAAAGCGGUUCGGAUUGGCUCCGCCCGAUUCGGUCGCUGGACGAAAGGAACUAAAGAAUUUCAAGAGUGCCUAGACUUGCCCUCCAUUCCCCACCAUAGUAGUAAGCGAGAGAUGAUUAUGAUUUAUUUUUUGUAUCCACUUUGUUUAUUAUUUUUUGUUCGAUUAUUAACCCCCCCAACUAUUUUUUGGAUGUGUGAGUGUGCGUGCAAAAAUGAUUUCGAGUUUUUGAUGGAUGUCACAAAUAUUUGCGUAGAUUUUUCUCGACUAAAAGUCUAUGGCUAAAUUGAAGAAUGUGAUCUUUGAGAAAAUGUAAAAUUUUUGCCAUAUAUCUUACAUAUACACAAAUAUACAAUUAUUUUAAUUUAUUAAUUUACAAAACAACAACUUUCAAUUAAUGCAUUUAUAAAGCAAAUCGUUGAAGCAUCCAACAAUCGUAUACGAUAAGUAAAAAGUCCUUGAGUAGCAUACAAAAGUUGUAAAAAUUAUCUUUGCUAAAUAAAAUGAAAAUUCAAAUGAAAAACGUAAAAA